UAAUAAAAAAUGUCGUUCAAUCUAGAAUCUAAUGAAGAAUUAUUAACUAAUAGAAAGCAACAUUUAAACAAUUUGAAGGAUAGAUUAGCGAAAUAUAAACUAAAAAAUGAGUUAAUUGUAAUGUUUUAUAUGAAUCAUGAAAUAAAUGUUUACAUUUUUUUUUUUUGUAGACACAAAAAGAACGAGAAGAAGAGGAAAAAGAAAAAACAAAGGAAAGAGAGAGGCUUGAAAAGGAAAAAAUUGAAAAGAAAAAGUUAGAAAAAGAAAAGAAAGCUCGUUUAGAAUUAGAAAAGCAAACACUAGUACAAGAAUUACAAAAGGCAGCCCAAUUAGAUUCAGCAUCAUUUAUUUCUCCUCCUCCUCCUCCUCUUUCUCUCUCUCAACCACACUUGAUCUUUCAACAGCAAUAUCAACGCCAGCAGCAGUAUCAACAACAAUAUCAGCUACAACAACAACAAUAUCAACAACAAUACCAACAGCAGCAAAUGUUAUUGCAGCAACAAUUACAGCAACAAUUACAACAGCAACAACAACAAAUGCAACAACAACAACAGCUAUUACAGCAACAGCUAUUACAGCAACAGCCACAGCAGCAACAGCAGCCACAGCAGCCACAACAGCAACAGCAGCAACAGCAGCAACAGCAGCA